GAUCAAUUUUCUCGCAUCAGAUAGCCAAAAUAAGCAAUCUCGCCUACAUACCCUGCCGAUCUUUGAUCCUACAUUAUGAGUCUGGUGGAUCUAGCGGGACAGCUGCAGAGACAAGACUUCAAAGACAUCCCUAUCAUCGACUUGUCUAACGCUCGCUCAAAUUCUGUUGACGCAAGACGCAAGGUUGCCAUCGAAGUGAGAAAUGCAUGCUUGAAUGCUGGUUUCUUCUUCGUGCAGAAUCAUGGUGUACCGAAGCAUGUCGUCCAAGGCGGCUUUGACGCAGCAAAAGUCUUCUUUGAACAGGACAAUCAAGUCAAGGAAUCGGUGGACAUCAGCAAAUCUGACAACUUUCGAGGCUACAUGAAGCUGUUGAGCGGGAAUGCUAACCCUGAAAGCAAAGGCGACCUGCACGAAGCUUUCAACCUGGGCUUGGACCCCUCGUUGGACGCCGCGCCGAGAGGUCAUAAGACUUCCGAGGGCUUGAGUCAUUCUGACAAUCUGUGGCCCACUGUGGAAGUGUGGAAGGGAGCCGCUUCGUUCCGUCAAGCAGUCCUUGGUUACUAUUCUGCUGUCCUGACUCUCGGACAAUCUCUGUUCCCCUUGUUCGCCUUGGCUUUAGAUCUCCCAGAAGAUUUUUUCGCCGACAAAGUACAGCACCCAGCGGCCAUCAUGAGACUGCUUCAUUAUCCCGGUACGCCGAAAGAUAGACAAAAGGAGGAGAAUCCAGGUAUAGGAGCUCAUACAGAUUAUGAAUGCUUCACUAUACUGGCUCAGGGUGGUGUUCCAGGCCUCCAGGUGAUGAACAGGAAAGGGGACUGGAUCGAUGCGCCUUAUAUCCCGGACACAUUCGUCAUCAACAUUGGCGAUCAAUUCGCCAGAUGGACGAAUGACAUCUUCGUCUCCACGCCUCAUCGAGUCUUGCCGCCUACCCAGACUCGGUACUCUAUCCCAUUCUUCUUCGGUUGCGACCAUGAUGUCCCUUUGAUACCACCUCCAACGUGUAUCACCGAGGAUAGACCACAAAAGUACCCGGUGGUCACUGCUGGGGCAUACGUACACAGUCGAUUGAGCGAGACAUAUACCGUCCAACAGGAGGAAAAGGUGGCAUGAUCAGUGAUCGUCCUCGAAACUGCAUGCAUACAGAUCAAUAGGA